AUGGCGAGAGAAACACUGACCAACCUCUGCAUUUUCUUGCUUGUCACCUUCACUCUUUUUGCGUCGAUUAAUGCAGUUGAAAAGAAAGAAAAGGAGUGUGUCAAGCAAGAAGGCAGCGUUCUGAUUCCCGGAAUCGGGCGCUACAUGCCUGGAAGCCAUCGGCCGAAGCCCAGCAUAUCCGGGUUGGACAACAGUGGCCCGGCGGCGGCCCAUGCUCGAUACAUCCCCGGUAACGACGAUACCUUCGUACCCAACCCAGGAUAUGAAGUUCCAAACCCAGGAUCAAAUCUUCCUUGA